AUGGCAGCCAGGCUUACCAGCGAUGCCAUGAUUGAUGGGCAGCCAUGCGAGACAAAGCUGCAGUUCGCACCUUUAGUCGGCUUGGCUCAGUCGACAUAUCAAGGCAUUGGCGCAAUGGACCUGCGAACUGAACAGCUUGAGUUCAUGACAGAACACGAAGCGAGUGGUUUCUUGUUAACCGGCGACAAGCAGCGAUUGCAGAAUAGCAAAGGGCUGGUUCUGGGCGACUACCCAGUCUUCCCGGGAAUUCCGGGCCCGACUUCCUCAAAUGACGAUUCCAAAAUUAAUCUGAAUUCGGUGGUGCACAACGACGGCCGGCUCACCUCCUCGUCACCGAUCGAUACAGGCAUUGAUGUCCAGUCUUCCCUCGCUCUUCAAUGCCCGCAUCCAUCGUGCAACUCCAAGGCAGUCUUCAAGCAGUUCCUGGGUGCCGUCAAACCGAUUCGGAAUCUCCGCUGGGUGUGGACACACUGCCAGACUAGACUAGACAUUCAGCCAGAGUGA